UAUGCAGAUCGUGCGAAGAAAAUCGUGAACCAUGCAGUAGUUAAUGAAGAUCCAAACGCAAAGAUUAUUCGCGAACUGCGUGAAGAGGUUGAAACAUUACGAGCGCAAAUUACGCAAACUGUACGGGAGCAAAAUGAGACUGAAGAGCUGCGUGAACGGUUGGCAGAAUCGGAACGUUUGGUGGAGCUAAUGAAUAAAUCAUGGGACGAACGGCUUAAAGAUACUGAAGCCGUUUACAGGGAGAGGCAAAAGGAUUUGGCAGAAAUUGGUAUCUCGGUGGCUGGCUCCGGAAUAAAGGUUGAAAAGGAUCGUUUCUAUCUUGUCAAUUUGAACGCCGAUCCAUCGUUGAACGAGCUACUCGUCUACUAUAUCAAUGUUAUUUCUACUAAUUCUUAUGCGUAA